AUGGCGGGAAGCAUCGAGGCGUGGUACUAUGGUCUGCCGUACGUCACGCGGUUUUACCUGUCGGUCUGUUUCGGCUCGACACUUCUAAGCGCGCUAGGCUUUUUAAAUCCGCAAACGCUAUACCUGGAUCUUGAUUUGGUGUGGCAGCGCUUUCAACUUUGGCGUCUCGCAACGUGUUUCAUGUAUCUUGGAGGCUUUAGCUUUCCCUUUCUCAUGCAACUCAUGAUUCUUACCAAUUAUUCGUCUCGAUUAGAGGAAGAUCCGUUUCCUAGCGGAGGCGGUCCCACGGCAGACUAUGCCUUUAUGCUCUUUUUCGGCGCUGUAGUACUAUGGGUGAUUGCACUUUUCAUGAGCAUCCCGUUUCUGGGCACAUCACUUAUUUUUAUGAUAGUCUACGUUUGGAGCCGUCGAAAUCCGACAGCACCCGUUGCCAUUUGGGGCUUCCGCUUUGACGGUCUUUAUCUGCCUUGGGCGCUUAUUGCUUUUACUGUGCUCGUCGGCGGUAAUCCAAUCAUGGACAUAUUUGGUGUUGUCGCUGGACACCUGUACUACUUUUUGCUGGAGGUGCUGCCGGCAACUAAGGGCUGGAAUCUGUUGCAGACUCCCACGCUAUUCUCAAACUUGUUUCCAUCACCACAAGUCACUGCUGGUGGAGUUCCAAUUAUUGGUGCGCGUGGUGCAGCUGGACGCGGCGUGGCUCCUGGUGCAGGUGGUUAUGCUUGGGGAACAGGAAGGCCACUUGGUUCGGGUUGA